GUGCCGAUUGACCCCUCAUCGCCAAUUCGCUACAACCUUAGUUUGUGGCUAGGGUACUUAUCAACCAAAGGAGAGACGAUACCGACCUUGCCUUAGCUUCAUCACCAAAAGGCGCGCCGGGUGGAUAUCCGCUGCAAAGCCCAUUCCCCGUCUCCAUUUUCCACACCCCCGCCCACUCUGCCCUUGCGUCGUACAUCCUUCCCAGGUCAGCCAAUCGCCGUCCCGUCAUUGACGGCGUGUCUGGUCGCUGCAAUCCAUUUGGAGGAGAGCCGACCCUCUCUGCUGCGUGCAACACCCUGGCGCACCGCAGAAAAAAUCUAGAAGGCAGCAGCCCCCAAAAGCCCUCUUCGUCUUUGGGCGUGCGGGACGAAUAAACUCCACAAGCUGCACUAAAGGGAAACCAGUCUUUGAUACCAUACUAUUUCUGGGACAGACCGCAUCGACCGACCAGAUAGGCCAUUUACCGUACCGCCGGAACCGGACGAACAGCACCAGGGAAUGGGGAGAACGAUCUGGCGGGGAUCAUGUUGACGAGGUCUCCCGCCGCACCACAUCCGCGCUCGUCCAAUGCGUCGCCCAGUUUCCACCACACCUUCCACUAUGCGCCCGCAACCGCCGCCGCCUCCGCCGCACCCGCACCCUCCCCCCCGUCACGACUCCCCGUCCCCGUCCCACUCCUCGCCAAGCCCCGACGCCCCUCGUUGUCGUUCUCGCCGUCCCAAGUCCUGCCUGCUUCGGGGCCACUGAGCCGCACCGACGCCCCCUCUCCGGCUGCGUCUCCCGCCGCGGCCCCAAAGCGCUAUGUCGCUGUCGACGCCGGUACACAGUACUCUCCUAUGGAGCCGAUCAACUACUUGGCAACCUUACAUGCGAAACAGAACCUGCACGUAAUACCCGACGAGCCACCCCCGACCCCGGGCCCGAAGCCCAUGACGCCGGGCGUAGAGCAGGGCGCUGCCGCCGCCGCCGCAGCCUCAGCUACAGCUCAACAGCCCCCGACAUCGGCAUCAUCGGGCCCGGUCCCUAACAUGGCUGUGACCGUAGAGCCCAAGGCCGUGACGUCCCCCGCCAUAAAGAGGCGUAAUUCUCAGGCUAUUGCCUCAAAUAGCGGGGAUGCGGCCACUCAGGCCCAAAAUAUUCCACAAAAACGCGCAAAGCCGACGAGACCUCCACCCAAGGUCCUGCCGCAACGAUAUGAAUUGUGUGAAGUCGAGGAUAUAGUCGUCUUGAUAGCACACAUGCUCGGCGAGUUAAUUGAGACCAAUGAUGCACUGGCUCUCAAGUCGGGUCAUUUGACAAGGUUUCAUUCACGAACCGCACCUGGUAUCUCAGUAUUGGAAUACCUCCACCGUCUCGCCAAGCACGCGACGCUGUCACCCCCUCUCCUCCUCUCCAUGGUCUAUUACAUUGACCGGCUGUGCGCCUUAUAUCCCGACUUCACCAUCAACACGCUCACAGUACACCGUUUCCUCAUCACGGCAGCAACGGUUGCGGCCAAAGGUCUAUCGGAUCUCUUCUGGAAUAACACUACAUAUGCGCGUGUGGGCGGCGUCCGUGUGGCUGAACUCAAACUCUUAGAGCUCGAGUUCCUCUACCGGGUGGACUGGAAGAUUGUCCCCAACCCGGACGUUCUCGUUGCGUACUACAAAGGGCUUGUGGAGCGCUGCCCGGGCUACGUACUACAGGGCUGCGAAGGGGAUCAGCAACCCGGUGCCCAAGCGGAUGAUGAAAUAGAAGACUAUGAUGAUGAAUUGGAUGAGGACGACGACGAUGAAGAAGAUGUCGCCGAUGAUGAUGACGCGAGCUCCGAGGACGACAGCGCCAAGAAUGGGAGGUAGCCACUCCUUCCUGAAGCUUUUUUAUCCGUGUCUUGGUUGGACGGCAAACUGGUUGUCCAACACAGGCCGAGCUUUCAAAUUAUUGGUAACUUUAGUGGUAUAUAAAAUAUGACAGUGGGGGGGUCUUGGGUUCUGUUCGUUGGGAAUUUGAGGAAGGACUGCUGCAUAGCAUGGGAUCUUUUGGUAUUCAUUCAUCUGGUUAGAGGGGUUUUUUUUUUUUUUUUU